AUGCGCCUAGCAAUUGCAGGAUCGGGUGACUUGGCCUGUUAUCUCGUCGAAGAGUUCACCGCAAAGGGCCACGAUGUGGUAGUGUUAUCUCGCAGCCUGAAGCCUCGGUUCAAUGGUCUGCCAAAGGUGACGCAAGUGGUAAUUGACUAUUCGGUUGAAUCAAUUGUCAAUGCGAUCUCGGACUGCGAAGCCAUGAUCUCCACGAUCCUCGACUAUUCAGAGGGGUUUGUACAUGUACACCUUGCCCUAAUCGAGGCGUGCAAGCAGAGCCGCCUCUGCAAACGAUUUAUUCCCUCCGAGUUUGGUGGCAACCUUGAAACACACCCUGAGCAGCCCGAGUUUUACUUCCGCACACGCGAGCCUGUGCGGAAGAUGCUUCGUGAGCAGACCGAGUUGGAAUGGACUUUGGUUUCCGUGGGCUGGUUAGUCGAUUACGUCGUCCCGGCAAAGAAUCGGUAUCUCAAGGACAUUGGACCUGCGUUCCCGAUUGACGUCGCCAAUCAAACAAUGGUCAUACCUGGUACUGGAAGAGAGCCGGUCAAUAUCACAUGUGCCCGGGAUGUAGCAAGGAGUCUUCUCGCUUUGUUGGAAAGCGCGAAGUGGGACAAAUACACCUACAUCACGGGAGAGAAGACAUGCUGGGAGGACGUUAGCCGCACUUUCACCAAGAAGUAUCCUGCUCUUUCUAUAUCCUAUAAAGAUGUAGCGAAAAUAGAGCAGGAGGCAAUGACGGAAGGAGAUGACGCUAUCUUCGCUGAAUACCAACUCUUUUCUGUCACGGGAGCAGCUUGCUUCGAUGAUGCCACGGUCCGGGACCAGAGAGAGAGGUUUUUCCAAGGGAUUCACUUCCGCAAAGUCCACGAUCUCCUUGAAGCCGUUGAUAAGGACAAUCAGGUUAUAGUUUAA